AUGGCGCAAUAUCUCACGAAACAACGAGAACAAAUAUCCCCCAAGAUUUUACGAUUUGACACCACUGAGAAAGAUGCCCAGCUAUGGCGCUAUACGGAUUAUGCGCCGAAUGUUGGUAUCCUGGAGAAUUUGCAAUUAGAGGAUGUUGUCGAUGGUGAGACAUUUCCACGAACGAAUAAUGAAAUUAUGAGCAGUGCGGCUCCGUCUAUAGCUGAUGCGCCCCCGCUUACAACAACUAGUGUUCAGGCAAUGACAAAAACUACAUACAGCCACACCAACAAUAAUACCACAGAUAACGCGACAAGGGUAGAGCAAAAAGAGUGCAUCGACUCGCCACACUCACAUAUGGAAGCCGAGCAAAAUGCAGAGAUACCCAGCACCACGUACAAAUCACCCUGCUGCCUAACGUUUCCUUUGCCGCCUAUGCAAAUGCAAUCGUUCGCACCGACCCUAGCAAUCGCAACACCCCUUCCAGCAGCGGCGUCGUCGGCCACCAAUGAUUUGAGCAGAGCAGAGCACUGGUAUGCACACGCCCAUGUACACGCCCAUCCGCAUCCGCACCCGCAUUCGCACCACCAUCACCACCACCAUCAUCAUCAUCAGCAAUUGAGCGAAGAUUUGGUAGUGUAUACACCGCCAGUUAUCUCGGCCACCACAUCCGGUUCGGCGACGGCGUUAGCGUCGGCAAGUCCGACUCCAAUCGAGAAACUUGGAAUCGAUAGCUCCACCGAUGGAUACCUUAGUGCCCGCAUACAUGCAACCGCCAAAGGAGUGCGUCACGAAAGAACUUCCUCAACAGCUUUUUUCGACAUUCCCGCUGUGACACAUCCUUAUUGCUACAGAUUCCCAUCAACACCGCCCGCAGGGAUUCUUAAAAAGAACGACCAAGAAUCAGCUCUAGCGUUUUGCAGCAAUCCGACAUCAGCUGCGACAACAAAUAUGAUUCCAAUUGGUCACCACUACCACAGUACUAAAGUCGAGCAUCCCGAUUCGACUACGACACAUUUGAAUGGACAUUCUCAUCAGCCACUAACACAUCAUCCAACUCAUAUGCAUUUACAGUCACACACACAUACGCAUCCCACCACUCAACAGUCACUACCAACGCACACACAUGCUCAUACACCUAGCCACCCUCACAUGUUGCAUCAGCCGCAUCCCAGUAGUCACUUAUCCGCCCAUACAACAGCCUACAAGUUCGGUCAUGGAGCCAUUAUAACCACCGGCGCUACAAGCAUGUAUCAUCAGCACCCUUACUGUACAACAAAUAGCAACUCGUAUAGCCUGCGUACCAACGGUUCAUUAUCACCCACCGCAUCGUUAUCCCUGCCAUCGACAAGCUCAACAGAAGUUGAUCUCAAAUAUGACAGUCCCUACAACUCAACCAUAUCAUCAACUUACGCACUGCGGCCAGUCACUGUGGACUCGACUACUGUGUCAUCAACCGAUGGAGACAUCAAAUACGAUGGUCUUUACAACAAUGCGAUUUCGACAAGCCAAACAGUAACGCAGCGGCGUGGAUCGUUACAAUUGUGGCAGUUUCUUGUGGCUCUACUGGAUGAACCCACAACGAGCUCAAGUUGUAUUGCCUGGACGGGUCGCGGCAUGGAGUUUAAGCUCAUCGAGCCAGAGGAGGUAGCGCGUCGUUGGGGCUUGCAGAAGAAUCGACCAGCCAUGAAUUAUGAUAAAUUAUCGCGCAGUUUACGUUACUACUAUGAAAAGGGCAUCAUGCAGAAGGUCAAUGGAGAACGUUAUGUGUAUCGCUUUGUAUGCGAUCCAGAGGCGCUAUUUAAUAUGGCUUACGGGCAUCUGGCGAGUGCGACAAACGGCGCCUCGACUGCAACGAAAAAUGACCACCACACCCACAUCUUGUCCACAGCAGCAGCAGCGGCGGCGGCGGCUGCAGCCGUAACACUGUCGUCGUCAAAAAAUUUGUCUGAGUCGAACGGUAACGGUGACCUGUUGAGCAGGAGUGAGUUAGCCAUUAACGGGGAUCACACGAUGGACCACAGCGUUGGCGAAAGGGAAAGGAGCCUUGUGACACAGUUGAACGGUGCUAGCGCGAGAUCGAGUAGUGAUAGUCUUUUCUACAACAGUCCACUCCACAAAUAUUAA